AUGUCACAGAUCCAUCUGAUAGCACUUGAUCAACCGUAUAACGGAAAAAUUUUGCUUUAUGGUAGGCAGGGUAUUCGUGCAGCAGAUUACGCCUGUCACUUAGCAUCAAGAGAGUAUGGUCACAAGGAAACAUUCCAAGCACUUCUAUCUUCUUCAUUUCAGGAUCUAAGAACGGUGGUCCGUAGAGAUGAACAUAAUGCAGUUGUUGUAAAUGCUUGA